CGUCCUCGCGCAAUCGAUCGAUCGAACCAUUAAACCGACGCGACAAUUAUCACCUAGUUUUAUUUAUCACCAACUUGCGCAAAGUGCUAAACGCCGCGUGACACGAGUCGAGAAUUCCGGAUUGAUACUAACUCGCUGGCUUGGCUGCUGUUUAGAAGCUCUUGUUCCAUCAAUCCAUCAUCAGCCCGUGGGUACGAGAGAGGUAGAACGAGACGGAACUACACUCUCGCACACACGGUGGAGGUCUUUGGUAGCUCACUAUCGUUCGGUACACGAACAGAAAGAUAACUGUUUUUUUUGUCACCCACUUCUUGAGCUUGUUGAGUGGCUUACGGAUGGGCAUAUUGAAAUAGCAAGAACGAAAAUCAUCGUCAUCUUCUGAGUGUUAAGUCGAGUGCGCAUGAGAGUGCUGGAGUGACCUGCAGAAGUAGAAAUUGCAUGAGCUGGAAAAUAAUUGUGAGUUACCGUGUGGUGAAUUUGCUGAGUUACCGACAAGAUCGCAGUCGAAUUGCAGGAACGUCAAGCGUAAGUCAUUAAACAAAAUAAGAAGAGAAUUGAUUCGUAUUCGAAUCGGACGGAAAGGAUGUCGCACACAAUUCUGCUAGUUCAACCGGGACGAAAUCCGGAAACCAGAACGUAUAGUGACUACGAAAGCGUCAACGAGUGUAUGGAGGGUGUGUGCAAAAUUUACGAGGAGCACCUGAAGAGGCGUAACCCGAACACGCCUACUAUCACAUACGACAUCAGUCAGCUGUUUGACUUUGUUGAUCAGCUAGCGGAUCUGAGCUGUUUGGUGUACCAGAAGUCCACCAACACGUACGCGCCUUACAACAAGGAAUGGAUCAAGGAGAAGAUAUACGUUCUGCUGCGACAAGCGGCCGGUACCACGGAAUAGAGCUCCGCUUCGGAGCAGGCAGACCUGGGUUCGAAUGGGGGCGACCGAAUCGAAUCGCACUUCUCCCACUCAUCAAUCCGUAAUUUUUAGUUCUCUAAAAUAUCUUUUAUUAUAGCAAACAAAAUGAAGAAAUAUAAACCGAUCGGACAUUGAAAUAUUAUCUGCCGCAUGUCCAAUCGAGUGACGGUAGAACAUUUGAGGGCGAUUUUGACAUUGAAUUUGACCGUUCAAAACGAUUGCUGACUAAAUAGGCGUACGGUGGAUUUGCUAGAAGAUAGUCGUUUUUAGAUUAACGCAGAUGCUGUGAGUCUUGCAGUGUGAACAGAAGAAUGCCACACGAUGGUAGUAAUGUAUUUAAUUUUCUCAUGAUAAAUAACGGUUAAUUCUGUUACUGAAGAACAGUUACUAAUAAAUUAAUUUCGUGACAAA